AUGUUGUGCCAGUCUAACCCUGAUCUGUUAACCACCGACGCACCACAACAUGAACAUGUUUCUGCUUGGGAGCGCAGUACCAAAUUGCCGUAUGAUCCAUUCGCAUCCGCUGCGGUUCUCACACACAAAUCUAUCAAGUGCCCUUACUGUUACCAGACUAUCCUUUCGCAUAUGUCCUUUGUGCCUCAUGGGAAUUCAUUCAAACACACCUAUGACAUCGUGCGCGGAGACACGAUCAAGAAGCGUGUCCUCGACUCAAAUACCAUUUUCCGGAAGAACGAGGCAAGUGAUCGCGCGCGCCAGAUCUUGAUAAACGUCCAGUAUGACACUGCGCGCAUGCGUACCGUGCUGAACAAGCAUUUAAAAGCCAAGAUUAUAUGUCCUAUUUUUGUUGCAAUGUCGAAUAGGAUGAUGGGUGCCUACGCGGACGACAGGGUGUUCUCACUCGAAUUGGUCAGCGCUCUGCCAUUGCCUCGCACACAGUUCACCUCAAAACUUCACUCGAUAGUUGGCAAAAUAUGCCAGGAGAUACUGUCACGGACACGCAAGGAAAAGGAUACUGGCGGCGCUGAGCAGGGGGACAAAUCGUGUUUGGGUUUGCUCUUGAAAGCGGAGGGAUCUGGUGAGAGCGCGGGAGUGACUCCACAAGAAGUACUGGACGAGCAAGAGAAUUAUACAUUCACCAUUAUUCGCAUACGAUCAUGGGCUUUAGUAGAACUUGCGCAGAAUUCAGACAUACAAAAGAAGCUUCGCGACGAGUGCUUAGAGGUUGGGCCAACCCCCUCAUAUGACGACCUUAUGAAUAAGCUUCCCUAUCUGGACGCUGUGGUAAACGAAGUUCUUCGCCUCCACGCACCAGUCAAAGAGAUCCCGUGAUC